UGGCCAUCGCUGGCACCAGGCAGCUGUCAAAGUGGCAAAAAAAUCAAUACCAACCCCCAACCCUCCUCGUUAAAAAUGUAAAUGCGAAAAAAUUCAAUACUGUGCAGCCAAACGCGACGGUCGCAGCGUUCUCCACUCACAAUCGCUCUCCCCGCUUUAUCCCCCCAGCACGUAAUGCUCCAGUUCCGGGAUACUACCCAAAUAUCAGUUAAAGAUUGAGAACGGUUUUCGAAUCGCCCCCAAAGUCCUCAGUGAAAUUCCCAACAAGGGCAACUUGCAAACCGGCAAAAAAAUAAAAAGCGCCCCCGCGUUUGUGCAGUGAGUGAAAAGUGGCAAAGUGUUCGAGCGCUAAGCUAUAGAAUACGAUCUUGAGCAGAUCCGGCGAAACAUAUGUCAAGUGCAGGGCGACGCGACUGCUAGCAGAGGUUGCGACUGCGACUUCCGCAUCCGCUCCUGUUUCUGUUGUUGUUGGUGGCAGCAGCAGAUACAACAAUGAAAAGCAGAACCGAUUCGCAGACAUAACACAUUGCGGUGGAGGUUGAGAAGAACGGCAUGGUGAAAAUGGAAUCGACGGAAGAACAGGAUCGAAAGCUAGUUUUGGAGUUCUGCCACCUGCUAGAGAAGUCCAAGCAGCUCUUCAACGGGCUCAGGGAUCUGCCUCAGUAUGGCCAUCGGCAGUGGCAGGCCUACUUCGGACGCACCUUCGAUGUCUACACCAAGUUGUGGAAGUUCCAGCAGCAACAUCGCAUGGUGCUGGACUCCAAGUAUGGCCUGAAGCGCUGGCAGAUCGGCGAAAUAGCAAGCAAGAUUGGCCAGCUUUAUUAUCACUAUUACUUAAGAACCAGCGAAACCAACUACCUGAACGAGGCGUAUCAGUUCUAUGCGGCAAUUAGGGGUCGGGCCUACUACUCGCGGGCAGCCAAGGAGGAUCGACCGGAUCUGAUGGUGAAAAAGCUGCGAUACUAUGCCCGGUUCAUUGUGGUGUGCCUGCUGCUCAAGAAGAUGAAGCUGGUGCGGGAGCUGGUCACCGAGUUGGAAAAACAAAUACAGGAAUUUCCCCGCAGCUACGAGCCGGAGGAUCAUUUGGAGUGGUCGCUGGUGCUCGAGGAGAUCAAGGGCUUCAUCAAGGCGGAGGCGGCGGUGGCCGUACUGCACGCCGACUCCAAUCCCAUCAUCCUGUCGCACAGUGGUUCCGGUUCUAGGUUGUCGCCGCUGACGACGCCGCCCUGCGAGCGUUCGCCGCACAUGACGCUCAGCCUGCAGGAGAUCCUGAUCGUGGGCUCCGCCUGCGAGCAGGCCAAGUUCUCGGAGCUGACCAUGGACAUGUUCCGGAUGCUGCAGACGCUGGAGCGCGAGCCGACGGAGUCGACCACGAAUCCACUGAGCAUGGCCCACGGACUCCAUGGGCACGAUGCGAGUCCGGCGGCCAGCCGAAUACCGCCGUACGGAGUGCCGGGCUCCAAGGGCUACAUGGAGAACGGACGGGCCUUUCGUGACAAUCCCCACAAGUAUCUACUGUACAAACCUUCGAUAAGCCAGCUGCUGGUGUUCCUCGCCAGCGGCUCCAAGGAACUGCCACUGGGCGGUGCCCUGCUCCUCUACAUGUCCGCCGAUGGCUGCUUCUCUACCACCAAACAUCCCGAGGAUUUUGGCUAUGAGCUGGGCGGCCUGGCCACCAGCGUGAAGCGGGACAGCGUGGAUGGUGGAGGGCUGUCCUGCCGAGGAAAAUCGUACAAGGAGAACCACUGCCUAUAUCCGGGUGAUCUAUAUCCGUUCACACGCCGGCCAAUGUUCGUUGUGAUCGACUCGGACAACUCGUUUGUCUUUCAGCACAUACCGCGCUACUUUGGCCAGCCGCUGGUGGUGCUCAUGUCCCCGCAGGAUGUGCCGCCCGCAUUCCAGGCUGAUGUCCAGCAUCAUGGCUCGCUGUUUACGUUGUUCCUGCACUCCCCGCUCACCGCCCUCUGCUACAUCUGCAACGUUGGAGACGUGCCCAUCCACCACUGGGAACGCUGCCAGACCUACGUGGACCGCUUCAUCACGGAGGCCUCGCGCCUCGUCACCCGGUGUCGCAUCGAUGAGAUUGAGCAGGGCAUUGGAUUUAUAGAUUCCUCCUACGUGCAGUUCUUCGGUGACGACUUCCUGCGCACUCUGAUCCUCCGCUUCGUCUUCUGUGAUGUGGUGCUUCGGUUGCACCGCGGAUUCCGUGGGCGUCACAUGAGACCCCGCUGUGAGCCGCAGCUGCCGGCGAACGAACUGCUGGAGCACCCCUCGCUGUCGCACAUCAUCUUUCAGCUGGCCUCGGCCCUGGAUGUGCGGGGUCACUUCUCGGAGGGACCGGAGUGCGACUGAUGACUUUUUGCGGCCAUAGUCGUGGUGGUGGCCAUCGGGAUCUGCCUGCGACAGCAGCUGUUCCACGUGAUCGAGAGGCAGUUGUCCGGAUGGAUGCUUUCGCUGUACAAUACUUUUCCGCUGGGCUGGAACUGGGCCUGAGAUUGGGGGCGUUGCUGGCCAUGGGUUUCCGUUUCCUUUCGUUGGCAGUGCUCCGGCUGCCGGCGUAAAUCAUUUCAAUAACGUAACGCAACGUAACUGCAGUAUAAUACGAAUAUAAAUAUAUAAAUACGAGUAUAAUAUAUAUAUAUGAUAUAUGCGUAUAUGGAUAAAGGUAAAUUAAUCAAGUAGCUAGUUUUCUUAUAUAGUGCGUCGCGCAAUGGAAAUGGUCCAAUGUUAGUUGCUUAGCAUAUACAUAAUUAAUGAUAACGAUAACGAAGAUAUACAUACGAGAAAUCAAUGAUAUUCAGCCGAUAUCGCAGCAGCAACAAGAACAGCAACAAACAUGUCAAAAGAACCUAACAAACGAUAACUGCCAAAAGAAGAUGAAAAACGAAAGAAAAACCAAGCAAACAAUUGAUGAUAAAAAUCGAAGCCGAAUAUCUAAUCAAAUUUUGUUUGAGCGGUACCGGGAAUUUUUAUGAAAAUUGUGAGCGCGGAUUUUUUGGAUCGCCCGAUCGGAUCGGGAAAAAAAAUAGGUAACUUUGUCAUAUGCAGCGGAAAAAUUUUAGCUUUUAUACAACCGAUAUUGAGGGAAACCUAAUCGAAAGUGAAUCACGAACACGACACACUAUAUAAGAAAGGAGGUGCGUUUUUUAUGCAUUGUACGCGGCGCUCAUAACAAAUUGAAAUUACGAAACCAGAAUAUUAUUGUACGUAUGUAAUAUUGCAUAUAUGUAUCUAUUAUGAUUACAAGAUGACUGAAAGUUACUGUUUCAACAAAGGAAAAAACGAAAAAACCAAAAAACGUAUAAAUAAAAGUAAGACAACCAAAAAAGAAGGCAAAGUUUAGCAAAAGUAAUAACUAAUAUUAACUUAUACAUAAUGCCCUAGUUAAGUGAAACAUGGAAAAUAUACAAAAUAUAUUUUGCGUAUGUUAAAGUGAAAUACAAAAAGCCCAACCAACAUUUUAUACGAAGGAAAUGCAUACAAAAUUUACACUUCAACUAACGAAUGAAAAUCUGUUCUCGAAUCAUUUUUCCAAAAUGCCGCAAAAUUCCAUUUCGGUUUUCGAUAUAAACUGUGAAUUGGAACAGGUCACCGUAAUAAUAAAUAUUUAUGAUAACAUAUAGUUACAAGUCACACUAACUCUAUGGAUUUAUAGGCAAAUGAUAAACGCAAUAUUGAAAGUUACAAAAUUAUAUAUAUAAAGCAUAUAUAUUUCAAUACGAAAAUAAAACUAGUUGAACGCAUAGUAAAUUACUUGAUCAUUUUUACAAGACAAGCCGCAAACGAAAAUAAAGAAAAAUCUUACCAAAAAGAUACAAAAAAAAGAACAAAAACAAUUUAAUAAUUACUUUAAAUUUAUUAUUUUCUACGGAUAAUAUGUGCAUUUUUAUAUAUUUAAACGAAAGAUAACAAAUUUUACGCUAGUUACAAACAAAUUUUUCUGAAGUCUUCAAGCAGCCGUAUUAAAAAAUUAAAAACUACAAACAAAACGAAUCGAAGAGAAAACAAACUAAUUUAUUCAGCCGAGUUCUAAUCAACUUAUUCGCUUUGUUAACUAACAAAUUGUAUAGCUUUUCCACAAUUUCGUUUACACUUUUUGUACAUAUAGGGAAAAUACUAAAAGAAUCGUUGAAAGAACCAAAUUAUAUCACUCACCACCAUUGUACUGAAUCAUUUCCAUUUAUGUUUUUGUACAUUUUGAGAACUGCAUUUACGGAAUAGCGAGAACAAAUAAGGUAAAUUAAAGCAAGGGGAGAAUUGCAAAUAAUCAGCAACAUUAACCACACUCACACGUAAACCAAGCCCACAAAACGAGAACAUCUAAACAUUAUCAUAAACAAAUUGUUUAAACGACAUGCAAAGUCACAAAUAACAUACAAAUCGAAACCAACAUUAAGAAAUGAUAACAAAUUUAGCAAAGCCACAAGAGAAUAUUAUGAAAAUGGAACGGAGAACGAGAAAGUGUAUGGGAGUUUGUAUGAAGUAAUAAGAAUAAAGCACACGUUUGAAAAGAGA